GUGAUUCGCGGGAAAAAGAAAAAAUGGCGAUGGUCGAAGUUUGAAGUUUAGCGCCACGAAAACGGAGAAAGAGAGAGAGAGAGAGUGAGAGAGGGAGUGAGAGAGUGAGAGAGAGAGUGAGACACGGAGACACGGAGACACAGACUUGAGGACAACCUGUCUGUGGCUCAGAGGACCGGAGGACACAUACCGGACCAGAGGACGAUGUUUGAGGACCUGAUUGAAGCCUUCUGUGGUAUUGAGCCUCAGGUAACUCAAGAGGGCGAAGUAUGUCGGAGAGGGCGGAGCCCGGGAGAGGGGCCGGAGUCCAGUCUAAAUGUUGGACAGUUCGUCCUGUGUCAUUGGUCAGAUGGACUCUACUACUUGGGCAAGAUACAGAGGGUGAGCCCUCCCCGGCAGAGCUGCUUUGUCACGUUUGAGGACAACUCCAAGUUCUGGGUCCUCUGUAAGGACAUCCAACAUGCUGGAGUGCCGGGGGAGGAGCCUCGCUGCUCUGUGUGCCAGGAGGCGGAGCCAAACUCUGACAGCCAAUCAAAUCCCAACAACCAGAUCCUCAUCUGUGGGAAGUGUGGCAUCGGUUUCCACCAGCAGUGCCAUGUCCCUCCUGUAGAGGGCAGCAUCAGUCUCAGUCCCUGGUUCUGUCGACGUUGUGUCUUCGCUUUGGCUGUCCGGAAAGGGGGCGCUCUAAAGAAAGGUCCAAUAGCCAAAGCUCUGUCAGCCAUGAAGCAGGUGUUGCUGUACGACCUGGACUCUCUGGACUGGGACUCCCAACACCGAACCAAUCAGCAACAGUGUUACUGUUACUGUGGAGGCCCCGGAGAGUGGUACCUGAAGAUGCUGCAGUGCUUCAGGUGUCAGCAGUGGUUCCAUGAAGCCUGCACUCAGUGUCUGCAGGAGUCCAUGAUGUUUGGAGACAGGUUUUACCUCUUCCUGUGUUCGGUGUGUAAUAAAGGAUCCGAGUACGUCCGCCGUCUUUCUUUGCGGUGGGUCGAUCUGGUUCACCUGGUUCUCUACAACCUGUCAGUCAGCAGCAAGAAGAAAUACUUUGAGCUGGACGAGAUUCUCGCCUUAGUGUCUGCAAACUGGGAACACUUACAGCUCGGGAAGCUGUCCAACACUCCUCCGUCAGAGAGGGGGCAGCACCUGCUGGAUGCUCUGAAUAAAUACAAGAGCAAGUUUCUGUGUGGAAAAGAGAUAAAGAAGAGGAAAUGCAUCUUUCGUCUGAGGACUAGAGUCCCUCCAAACCCCCCCUCCAAACUAUUUCCUGAGCACGCUCAGAAUGACGGAGGGCAAGGUCAUAAGAAAGGCGUGGUCAGGAACAGCAGUGCUUCAGCUGAGAGGAGGAAGAGGAAGUCCAAGUGGCUCCUAGAAGAUGCGAUUCCUAAUAACAAGCUGUCCUGCAGUUGGACGUCCAACCAUCACAUGGCAAACAUUUUUGACUUCACCCUGGACGAACUGCAGAGCCUCAAGAGUGGCUCCAGUAGAUCGGUCAGUAUCGAUCAGGACUCUACUGAUGCCUCCACGUCAGGGUCUGCUACGACCAGCGCCUCCUAUCACUUCAGAAGGCGGUUGGGCAGCAGGAAGAGGAAGUUGCCUAGCAACAGCUACAGUCAGUGGGCCAGUCGCAGCGAGGGGGGGGAAGAGCCUUCUGGGAUGCUGGGAGACCCAGAAGCUAUGAACCACCUGACAACAGACGCCUCCCACUUCCUGUCUGACUCCUCUCAGAUCCCCUCAGACUCCUCCCACCUCCACUCCUCCAUCUCCUCAUAUUUUGGAGUGGCGGGCCGACUGACCAAUGGGGAGAGGUACCAGGUGUUGGCUCGUCGGGUCACUGCUCAGGGGACGGUCCAGUACCUGCUGGAGUGGGAGGGGACAACACCUUAUUAGGGCGUUAAACGAGACUCUUUGAUUCCUCUUCCUCCACGCUCACAGAGAUGUCUGGCAGCUGAUUGGUCCAAACAUCCCGACGACCUGACCAUGUAUUUAAAAAUAUUAAUUUAAAUUUAUUACAAAAGUAUUUAAAUCCAGAAUUAAUUAACCCGAUCUGACGAGAAAUCAUAACCCUAACUCUGUGAGACGCCUGUCCCCACAAACCUCUGACAUCUGUCCCCACAUGUCCCACAAACCUCUUUGAGACGUUUGUCCCCACAUGUCCCACAAACCUCUUUGAGACGUUUGUCCCCACAUGUCCCACAAACCUCUUUGAGACGUUUGUCCCCACAUGUCCCACAAACCUCUUUGAGAUGUAUGUCCCCACAUGUCCCACAAACCUCUGUGACGUCUGUCCCUAUAUGUCCCCACAAACCACUUUGUGACGUCUGUCCCCACAUGUCCCACAAACCUCUUUGAGACGUCUGUCCCCACAUGUCCCACAAACCUCUGUGACGUCUGUCCCUAUAUGUCCCCACAAACCACUUUGUGACGUCUGUCCCCACAUGUCCCACAAACCUCUUUGAGAUGUCUGUCCCCACAUGUCCCACAAACCUCUUUGAGAUGUCUGUCCCCACAUGUCCCACAAACCUCUUUGAGAUGUCUGUCCCCACAUGUCCCACAAACCUCUUUGAGACGUCUGUCCCCACAUGUCCCACAAACCUCUUUGAGACGUCUGUCCCCACAUGUCCCACAAACCUCUUUGAGAUGUCUGUCCCCACAUGUCCCACAAACCUCUUUGAGAUGUCUGUCCCCACAUGUCCCACAAACCUCUUUGAGAUGUCUGUCCCCACAUGUCCCACAAACCUCUUUGAGAUGUCUGUCCCCACAUGUCCCACAAACCUCUUUGAGACGUUUGUCCCCACAUGUCCCACAAACCUCUUUGAGACGUCUGUCCCCACAUGUCCCACAAACCUCUCUGAGAUGUCUGUCCUUGCUGAGGCAAGUUUGGAGGAAUAAGGAAUCAAAGCUGAUCAGGAGUCUUUAAAACAGUAUUUAGUGAGAACAAAAUUAAGAUAGAGGCAAAAAGACACACACACACACACACACUAGUUCCAGUCAGUAUAGUUUCUCUUCUUCUUUGACAUGUUAAACAGUCAGAGCUGUUGAGCACCCCCAAGAUGUCACACAGCUCCCUGCUCCUCCUUUUCCUCUCCUCCUCCUGUGUUUGAGGACGAGGAAGAGGAGAGGAGGAGGACCCACCAGGUCGUAGGAACCCUGAGCUCCUCCAUGUUCUCCUCCCGUCUCAUGAACAUGUGAGAUAUUGUCUGAAUAUUGAGAUGGAGAUAAGAUAUAACUACAACCUUUUCAAAGUUCUGUGUUUCCAGCUGUUUUCUUGCACUAUUGUCACAUUCAGUAUCUAUGCAAAUAUCGAUCAUCUCCCCCAGCUGAUCACCACAAUGAUCGGUGAUCACUUCAAUUCUAUUUAAAAAAGAAUCAAUCAAUAUCAUGACGGACAUCAUAGGUUAGCUCCAAGCUAACACAACCCUUUGGUUUGAAUGAGGAAUGCUUACACUGCUAAUAGUAUCGAUCUCAGACGUUAAAAUGUCACGCUGUCACUUUAACACUGCAGCUUGUCCUCGCUGCCAUGGUAACCGUGCUCCCCGCCCUAUGGCCCGUUGGACGGUUGUUUUGAUCACAUGACUGUAUGUUGGCUUAUCUUCUGUUGAGCUGACCAAUCAGCUGCCAGCUUUCUCUCCAAUAAAGAACCUGUUGCUUAACCUUUGA